AUGGCGUCCAGCGGCCACCAGAUGGCGCUGUGUAGUUACCAUCUCCCCGGCUUCAACAACACACAUCAAACUGAGACUGCAAGACCCUCCCCUGUAGUUUCCCCUCGCUGUUUCCCAGCCACUGCAACUGGAAGCGUAGAAGAAGAGAGGAGAGGAGCAGCUGCUGGACCGAUGGAGAAGAAGCAGGAAUCUUCUCACCAUUACGGUUCACUGGAGCGCACUGAAUGGAGCAAAGACACCAAAAAACCAGACGCGUUCUGGCUCUCUGCGUUGAUGCUGUGCGCCCUGCUGCUGUGCGCCCUCGGAGCUCAUGCGGAAGACGCUCCCACCGACAGCCCGGCGGCCGGUGACCCCUCCGGUGAGGAGGAGGAGGCGGGGCCCUCUGACCUCCUGAGCACCUCCGGGGUCUGGGAUCUGAUCCUUGGUUCAACCAGACGUCACCAAAAGGAGUUUGAAGAUGAAUUCCACAAUCAGGUGAAAUACGAAUUUCUGGAAGACUACAAAGUCUCCUCACUUCCAGAACGCUGCCCUUACUCUAACUUCACCAAGGAGGCUUGUCUCCAAACGAUGGUCCAAGGCCUGCAGAUUUACACAGUUCUUCUCAGGCAAGUGGAGAAGGAGUACCCCAACAGCUUGAUCUGCGCAGAGGUCCGAACUUACAGCGGCCAACUGAUCGACCUGAUCAAAAGAAAAAUGAGGAACCCUGGUCAGGUGACGGCUCUGACCAGCAGUCAGGAAGUGCAGCUGCUGAAUGAACUCGACAACCCCAACACCUUCCAGAGAAAGAUGACUGCACACAACAUCCUGCGCCAGCUCCACUACUUCCUCCUGAAGGGCAAGAGAGCCAUUACUAAGAGGGAGAAGAUCAGAGGAACUAUGGCCAACGACAGUUUGGGCAUCUUCCGGAUUCUAUAACCAAACAACGAGAGAUGAGAUAUUUAAAUUCACUAGAGGGAAUAUCCUCAGGGUCAGAUUACGGGUGCUAUAAUUGUGUAGGUCUUUAAGGAGACAGGGCUUGAAGCGUCCAGUAUUGCAGCAUUUAUUUAAGCUAUUUAUACUUUGGGGAAAG